AUGGCCACCAAGCCCAAGCAGAUCCGUUUUGAAGAGGAUGGGUUCGAUGAUUGGUCAGACUCCCCGGAAUCGCCUUCCCGGUCACCAACGCCCAGUGUCAGUUCCUUUCAACGUGACUCUCGCCCAAAACGUGGCACGACGCGGAUUCCUUCACGGAUUGUUUCCAAGCGCGCAUUGAUACAUCUUGGAUACUCCUUUGCCGAAGAUGGAGACACCAUUGUUGUUCAGCUGGCGCUCGGACAGAAUCACAUCGAGGAACUUCUUGAACUCAGCAACAGAAUCCGAAGCUCAGAUCAAGGGACUUCUGAAGUCGGCGAUAGCGGUGAGACGGGCCCCCGAGAUGAAGAUCAAGGCUUUGACUGGAUCAACGUCAAUGCCCCUGAUACAGAGACGCCGCAUCUAGAGACGGGAGAAAUCGGAGACUUCUCUGGGAACGAGGAUGAAGAGCCGACGCUAGAUGACACGGAUUGGGACUGGGACAAUCUUGAAGGUCCAGUGAUCUACUCAGGGGUUCUAAAUCUGAACAGCACAAAAUCGUCCAUGGACAAUGACAUGAACUCUACUGCCGGAAAGCUUCUGGCUUGGAAUCAAGAAAAGUCAGAUCUCAUUAAUGGAGCUAAGACGGAGCUCAAUACAGCGUAUGCAGCAGAGUUCUAUAUGGAUCGAGCCGGCAACCAAAAGAUCACUCUUGCCUGCCCGGAAGACUACGAGUUUGGGGCUACAGAUGAAUCCCUUGUUCGGUUAAGAUGGCUACACGUACAGUCCGAGUCCUUGAAUGUUGCGACUAUGGAGACUCUGAUAUCAGACUGUCCAUAUAUAUCCCAAUCACUUAGGCUAGUAGCACUUACAGUUCUCAAAGAAGUCACUGCGAAAUGUGAGAGAUCUUCAGAAAAUGGCUCUUACCUCGAACCUGGCUCAAUGAUCCAAUACAUUGGGAGAUACAACAGCUCACUUGGGGUCUAUGCAGACGAAGACGCCUCUGAUACCGAACCUGUAGUCUUCAUCUCUUCAUCUCAUCUUCUUCUUACCGACAGGCGCUCUGCCAAAAAAUUCCCCGGGAAGCACUAUAUGAGGAGUCUUCGAGAAGUUCUCUAUGGCUAUGACGACGAAACACAGCCCAAUAAUGACUCUCGAGGACGAAAUUUUAAGCUUGACGAGGAUGGACCGCCCAAAUUGAAGGUUCCGCAAAUUUGGACCCUAAUAGUUGGUGCAGACCUGAUCGUCACCUUCUCAGAACUCUUGUCGCCAGAGAUACAACAAAAUCUGAUCAAGAUUGACCGGACGAAAUCAUCUGCAGGACUUUACACCGUCAGGCUCAUUAACGAACAAGACAUGUGUCGGUAUCAUGUUGUCGUUAAAGCUGACUGGAAAUAUGCAGACUUCCUCAAGCAUGCGGUGGCACUGGCACUUAAGGGGCAAGGUCCUGUAAAUGCAGCUGCUUACGUGCUAGUCAACGAUUAUUGGGGCAUAAUCACAGCAGAUAUCUGGCUGAACUUACUUGCGAGCGAGACGAUCGAGGACUAUGUCUUCGGAAUCCGAGAGAAACACGAGGCGCAGCGGAGACCCAAUGAGGAAUUCCUUGCCCUGUCGGAAAAGCUCCUCACUGCGGGGAGCAGGAGCAAUCUGGGCAGCCGCAGAGCGUCGCGCCGGAGGUCCGACUCGAGAGCCACAAACAUGAAUCCGAUCGACAUGGAUAUGCAGAUGGUACUGCAUCCCGGCGAUCUCAACUUUGUACCGUUUCUUGCCUGGAGACUAACAUGGGACGACGACAAGAGAUCACAGUCCGAGAUUGAAAAGACCCUUACUCAGCUACUGGGUAAUCUGAAUGCGACUAUCGAGUCGGAUAGAAUGGGAAAAUGGUACAAGGCUUCUUUCGAAUGUACCAAGGGCGAGCUUACGCAGCGGCUAGCUAGCAUGCUACAAUUAUCUCCUCCCAAACCAACUGGAGAGGCAACUGAGGGCGUGGCGCAGACUAACUCGAGGCCGGACGUCAAUCCAGGCUCAAACUCUGUAGUUGACGCCGAUCUACAGGAACCAGACCUAAAGACCAGCAUUGAACAUGAGGGGUCUACUGAAAGCCUUGUAGCUCCAGCGUCGACGUUGUUUGGGUCUACCGAAAACGAAGAAAAUGAGUUGGACCCGAAGGUUCAACCCAACACACACUUCCGCCACCCUAUACACAAUUCAUCAAGCGAAGAUCUCCGAUCUGGUAAUGAUCUUUGGAAACUGAUGGAUUCCAAAGAGGACCAUGAAUCAUUCCUCUUGUCGAGAAUAUUUAGCGUUUCUCAAAGUAUGCUCAGCGCCUUUCUUCCCGACGAGGGGCGUCUCGUCCAUCAUCCGGUCUAUAAACGAUACUGGGGCUCAGUCGACGCAAUAUUGAGGGGGCUUCAGUGGUCGAUCGAUGAGAUGAAAGGAACGGAUCAGCUUUUCUGGUUUAUAACACGGCCUACUACCCCCUUUCCGCCAGGAGAGUCAGCCUCAAUCUCAGGCUCAAGAGCUCUAGGCGAUUGCGAUGAGUGCGACAAGGUGAAACGAUACUUGUCACCAGAAGAAGCACUCGACCAUUGGCACAAGGUUCACAUGAGAACUCCAUGUCUGCACCAAGCGAGAGGGGACCGGGUAUUUGAUGAUCCCUGUUUCGUUUGGAUCCGCCGCCAUACAGUCGAAGAAUCCCGGACUGUCAGAUCAAAGGAAGCUCCUAGGAACGAAGUGGUUUCGUGUCUAGAGCUAUUCUAUGAAGAGUUACUAGACAUGGUUGACCGGACAGAGGAGCUGCACAAGCUGGUCAUGAGCGUGACUAGCCUGGGAGACUCGGUCAACUGCCAUGACAGCCGACCUCAUCUGCCCAAUAGCCUAGUUGAGGCCUUUGAGCGGAUCGUUGGCCUUUUCGUACUGAAAGCUAAGGAGAUUUCCUGGAUGAACAGACUCACUGUCACUCCUGAUUCGUUAUACGGCCGUCAUGCUGAGCGACGCUUGAUGGAUCUCAAGAGGAAUGCGGCAGCAAUCUCAGAGCGUGUUCGCAAUCACCUCGACCGAGCGAAAGAGGACAUCAUCCUAUUGGGAACCAGUAGAGGUGACAUGGACAGGAUCAUUAUCGCACCAAUAGGCCCCGAGUUCCUGGCAGUUGCGCUGAUCAGCAAUCUGCAGAAUAACAUCUCCAAGCGAGGCACCAACGAAAAGGUCGAUCUCAUCAGUCACUACCGGAACCACACUGCCAAACUCCGUUUCAACACCAACCGAAAGCCGAAGCGGCAGGCUUUUGUAGAGAUCCAUGCUCUUGAAGAGGAGUUGGAGGCUUUGCAGAUGGUGGUCGCUUCGCAGCAAGGACUAUUGAGGGCGUACCAGAGGCUCUUUUCCCCAUUGAAUUUCAAGUACCCCACGACCGACUGGAUCUACUAUAAGGAACGAAAAUCUCUGUUCAGACUUGAGAGCAAGUGCGUGCGCAGACAGCAGCGACGCUUGGCGGAGCGCGAUAGGGCGCUUGGAGUUCUUCGGAAGAAGGUGAGGGUGUUGAGAGACGAGACGAAGCAGAGAAUCGAAAUCCUUGACGAGGGCCAUGGAAAGGCGAUUCGGGUGUUUACCAUAGUUACCUUGUUCUUCUUGCCAUUGUCAUUCAUUACGAGCUUUUUCGGAAUGAAUACGACCGACAUCAGAGAUACCAACUACGACCAAAAGAUCUUCUGGAUCUCGGCCCUCCCCGUCACGUUUGGGGUCAUAGGGUUAGCAUUUCUGUAUGGCUACAAGUGGGAUAUGAUCGCGGGAUGGGCAAACGGGAUGCUGAGAUCGGCCGACAAGAGUACAGCCCCCCAUGAAUUCUUGAAUGAGGAGAUACCGACUUGGACGAGUACGGCGGAACCAAAAGAUACCUGGUUGCCAAAUCAUGGACGAGCCAGCGUCACCGGGUGGAGGUAUCGAAUGUCGUAUCUAUCCGCACGGCAGCGGCGGCGAAAGGGCAGAGUUCCUAGGAAGAAGACGGACGAUAGUCUCUUUCGGCCAUAG